GGUACGGCCGCGUUAUCUCAGCUGCUGGUGCGCGUGUUAUUAUCAUACGCUGUGAGAGAGCGCACUAAUCAUGGCUGCCACCGGCCCUGAGAUCGCCGCGGCGGCGCGGCCGGCAAUUCGGCUCGAUGACUUGCCUGUCGAUCUGCUCGCGCACGUUGUAUCGUAUGCUGGACGAGUGAUCAUCUGUGGCGUUGAUGGACAAAUUCGUAAGGCGGUUGUAGGAGACUUUCUCGCUCUGCGGUUAGUAUCCAGCACGUGUCAAGACGCGGUGCGUCGGGCCGCCAAGGAGCACCCGGUGCUGGAUGAAGCAAGUUUCCGGCUGAGCGAUGGCUCGACUGCGCGCGCCAUCGCGGCGUGGGGGCAAAUGUUCGGCAGCGGAUGCCGCGAGCUCCAUUUCUAUACAGGACACAAGGCAUCUGAUAUAGAGCCGUCAGACGAGGCACUAGACGCGCUUCAGAGUUUCGUAGUCAGCACUCAAGGGCGUCUGCGCGAGCUCACCCUCACUAGCCUGGGCUUUUCAAAAAGCAGGGACUACGCCUUGGAAUUGUGUCGCGCGUCGUUUUGAACUGGAUCCCGAGCUGCUUUGGUGCCGGACACGUGGUCACGAGCGCGGCUAUGGAAUCCUUCGCAAUGGAAGUGGGCCGCUUGUGUCCGCUCCUAGAGUACGUUAGACUCAGCGCUUUUGAAGACAUUCCAGCAGAAACCUGGCAGCAGCAUUUCCCCCGACUGAAAACUCUCGAAUUUCGGGGGCGGCCGGAGAAUUACGCCGCAAUCGAAGCGGCGGCGCGGGCGUGCGUUUGCGCGGACGAGGUAAGCCUUGUCGAGUGCGACGACGAGCUGGCGGCUUUUGUGGACAUGCUGCUGCGGACGCCUUUACGGGGCCGCCUGAGGAAAUUAGACUUGGGCUUUGAUUUGCCCGUUUCGAAUGAAGUGAUCCUGCAGUGCGCACGCUUCGAAGGUCUGAGGUUUUUAAGAUUGCCACCAGAGUGUGCCAUCGACGUUGAGUUCUGUCGCUCUCUAGCUCAGCUGCGGCCUACGCUCACCGGUCUCGACCUGGGAACGGAAUGCCGUGCGGACGACGAGUGCCUACGAAUUCUAUGCGAGUCGUUGUCGCUGGAGCAUCUUACAUUCUCAUCUAUUCCUUGUCCAGCUGCUAUUGAUAUUAUCUUGCAAAGUUCUAGCGCCCAGACGCUCCGCGGCAUCGGGAUUUAUUACAUGGACGAAAUCUUCACGCCGGCGAACUUGUUGCGCCUCGUCCGCGGCUGUCCCCUGCUCUCCGAGUUCGAAGGGGAUUCAGGGGAGCUACUGUCACCCAUCGAGCAUGGCAAGACGGUCAAGGCCAUCAACAAGCUGCUCAAGGGCCGCGGCGGAAAGAAAAAUCAGUAUAGACCGUUCGUGGAUUUUGGCCCGUCGCAAUGGGGUCGCCCAGACACCCUGGGUGGGCAAGCCGGAGAAUUCCUUCAGGCCAACGAGGAGUCCGAGGACGACUCCGAGUCCGAGUCCGGGGAGGACUGAGCCUAGCAUCUAAUAAUGUGAACCUUA